AUGAACGGCAUCGGCUCUGGUACCCUACAAAUGGGACCGAUUGCUACUACUACGACACUUGGCUCAGCUGUGAGCUUACCGACAGGGUUGGCAUUGGGCAACAUCGACAUCACCAAUUCAUGGUGUCAAUUUCCCAACUAUCAUGACAUUCGACCGGUUGAGAAUGGUAGCUACGAAACGGAGAUCGCCACUAUUAACUAUCAGGAUAUUUCGACGGCACAAAAGUAUGAACCCCUCAAGUACGACUAUGGUGAUAUUCGACCGAAACAGUAUGAGGAGCAACGUCUCUAUCACAAAGAACCAGAUCGUCCAACAGUUAAGGAAGAGGAAGUGAAAUUUGAGCACGAGGAACGUUGCGAUACAGCUGGUCGUGAUGGAGGAGCAGCUCCAGCUAAACGUGGUCGCCCUACGGAAAACCCCUGUUGGGGAUAUUUUAUUCGACUGGAUGAUCAGAAUGUUCGAUGUCGUUUGUGCAACAAGGUUGUCAAGUCGGCUUGUGCUACGAAUAUGACAAAACAUCUGGAGCGCCAUCAUCAACAAGACUAUCAGCAACUUAUUGUGCAAAUCAAACAGUACAGACAACAAAAAGGGCCUGUCUCUAGUGGCGUUUCGUCGCCGGAAGCGCAUCAACAGUCGUGUAUUCUGUCCACGAAUCACUAUGUGAAAACGGAAAACUAUGCUCAACAACUUUAUUCUCAAUUUGAAAGGGAAGAUGCUUUGCGGAACUGUACCAGCUACGAUCGGCAUGAUCCAUCCCUUUCAUGGCAGAGAAAUCAAUGGAAUCAAUGGCCAAACACCCACGACCCUACUAGCUCAAGUAUUGAUAUGACAGGAGUAAUUCACGGGUGCCUAGCAUCACCGCCAUCUGGAUGGACUACAGCCGCUCCAGGUACCUCUGGAUCCUCGGAAAAGCCUUAUAUGAAGCGAAACAGAAAGACAGAACAUCCUGUCUGGGAGUACUUCAAGCGAACAGCUGACGGAAACGCUCAAUGUGGCAUCUGUACUGGCGUGGUGAAGAGUCCGUGCUCGUCAAACUUCAUGCGUCAUCUGAUGCGACAUCAUUCUUCUGAAUACAAUGACGUAUACGUUAAAUGGGUCCAGAAGAGGGCUCCCAAUAAGUAA